AUGGUCUUCGGGAAUAUGGGCAACGAUUGUGCCACAGGUGUGGCCUUCACCCGCGACCCGUCCACUGGCAGCAACGAGUUCUAUGGCGAGUUUUUGGUCAACGCCCAGGGUGAGGAUGUGGUUGCGGGAAUCCGCACGCCGCAAGAGCUUACCAUCAAAGCUCGCAAGUCACACGGGUCGGAUCUCCCUUCGUUGGAAGAGGUGAUGCCAAAGAUCUUCCAGCAGUUGCUUUCGGUGAGAAGCCAGCUGGAGACUCACUACAAGGAUAUGCAAGAUAUUGAGUUCACUAUCCAGCAGGGCAAGCUAUACAUGCUGCAGACGCGCAACGGAAAGCGCACUGCGCCAGCUGCAUUGCAAAUUGCAGUCGACAUGGCAAACGAAGGCUUGAUUUCCAAGUCGCAAGCCAUCUUGAGCUUGAAGCCGGAUCUUGUCGAUCAGCUUCUUCACCCUACGCUGGACCCGAAAGCCAAAAAGGAGGUGAUAGCCAAGGGCCUUCCUGCUUCUCCCGGUGCCGCGGGGGGCAAGGUUGUCUUCUCCGCUGACGAAGCAGUGCGACGCUGCAAGGAUGGCGAGAAAGUCAUCCUGGUGCGUAUUGAGACAAGCCCUGACGACAUCCAUGGCCUGCACGCAGCAGAGGGAGUCCUCACCACUAGAGGUGGCAUGACGAGCCACGCUGCCGUGGUAGCCCGCGGAAUGGGCCGGCCAUGUGUGGCGGGUGCGGGCGCAAUCACCGUGGACUACGCUGCAGCCAAGCUUACAGUGGGCGCGGUGACUGUUUCGGAAGGCCAGAUCCUCACCAUUGACGGCGGCAGCGGGGAGGUCAUCGUUGGCGAGGUUCCCACUGUGCCACCCCAGCUUUCUGGAGCCUUCGGCACCAUCAUGGAGUGGGCGGACGAGUUCCGAGACAUGAAA